AAGAGAGCCCAAUAGGCUGAUGACAUCGCAUUGUUACCGAAGUCUUUUAAUCGUGAAGAUGUGGGCUCUGACUUUACUGAUCUCUCUAGCGACUUUGACUUUGGUUUCAGCAAUUCAAGGAGCCUCAGUUGUCCAAGAAUGUGGGAAAUUUAAUGAAGAGCAGUUCAGGAAUAAAAAUAGUAUUGCGGAACCAAACGAACAUCCAUGGAUUGGACAGAUCAUAAGUACAGAUAUUGAUGGAAAGAAAAGAUUGAUUUGCGUUGGCGUCCUUAUAGAUGCCCGACAUGUGUUGACAAACGCCCAAUGUGUUUACCAUCAUCCUUUAAGAACAAUUUCUGACAUUGUUUUUGGAGACUCGGAUUCCAGCAGCACAUAUCUUAUCAGCUCGGUUACCAUCCAUCCGGAAUAUUCUAGUGAAAAACUACAAAACGAUUUGGCCAUUAUUAAACUCACCAAAGACGUUGAAUUCACUGGUUUCAUUCAGCCCAUUUGCUUGCCUUCGGCGGAAAAUCACAAAGGCGAGGUCCCCGAUUCGGAUCUCAUCGUUGCGGGAUUCGACGGACCAAAUAUUAGGCACGAUCCUUCAUACAAGCGGUCGGAUAAGCGGAUAAAAAUGGCUUUUAACAGAACCAACAGCAGUGAGUGCCAAAAGCUAGAGGAACGUUUCCCAUUGGAGCUGAUCUGCGGGCAAGAUGUGGGAUCUUUAUCGGGUCUCUUAUCGGGAUCCGCUUUGCAAGAGGCUUCCGGGAAUCCCCGGAAGUUUCAUUUGAUUGGCAUCGUGACGAUUGGAUUUGGCACCACCGAUAAAUCGUACACGGGCUAUUUAAGCGUUCGACAUUACUUAGAUUGGAUCCGCAAGACAACUUCAGAGUGAAGAAGGUAUCUAAAAUCAGAUUUCAAUAGUUGGUUUUACUAAUAAAAACUCAAGUUCUGACGGA